AGAAACUAAAUCUGCAGGGGAAAGGAGUUGCCCGUGUUUUAGGGCAACAGCCAGCAGAUGGGAGCAGGCAAGCCGAGGGAGGGAAAAGGCUGGGCUUCUGGAACCUGCCGCCGGGCUUUAGACAAAGGCGGUUUGAGAAGCAGAGAACGCGAGGCGGACCAGUUGCUAAUAUCAGCACUGGGGAGGGAGCCAGCAGCUGGACGCCCGGCAUGAAACGGAAUCGAUUCCUGGCGUCUCCUUCAGGCUAGGAAUGACUGGAGUAUGAACCAAACUAAGAACUCAGAGGAAAAAGUAAGUCUAGGAGAGGACUCGCAGAUUUUGCCCGUCUUUGAAAAUUUGCUCCUCUGUGAGGCAUGCUGCCUUCAUCCAUGCGUUAUCUCUUUAUAGUGUCUGUUUCUUGUGUCAUCCUUUUUAUUGUGCUCUAUGCGUUUGGUUUUGGGAGCGAGCAAGGCUUCCAGAGGCUAAAUAAUUCAGACACUUGGAUGCUGACUCAGGUUUGCACAUCCUUUAUCAGAGGCAAAAUGCCUUUCCUGUGGAGAAACAAACUGAGGUUACAUGAGAAGUCUUCUUGCAAGGAAUACCUGACCCAAAGCCACUACAUCACGGCCCCUUUAUCUAAAGAAGAAGCUGACUUUCCUUUGGCAUAUAUAAUGGUCAUCCAUCACCAUUUCGAUACCUUUGCAAGGCUCUUUAGAGCUAUUUACAUGCCUCAGAAUGUCUACUGUGUUCACGUGGAUGAAAAGGCGACGGUCGAAUUUAAAGGAGCUGUCGAGCAAUUACUAAGCUGCUUCCCAAAUGCUUUUCUGGCUUCGAAGAUGGAGCCAGUGGUCUACGGCGGGAUUUCCAGGCUCCAGGCUGACCUGAACUGCGUCAAAGACCUUGCGGCCUCCAAGGUCCCCUGGAGGUACGUCAUCAACAUGUGUGGCCAAGACUUCCCUCUGAAAACCAACAAGGAGAUAGUUCAAUAUCUGAAAGGAUUUAAAGGGAAGAACAUUACCCCAGGGGUGCUGCCCCCGGCCCACGCUAUCGGACGGACUAAAUACGUCCACCGGGAGCACCUGGGCAAAGACCUUUCCUAUGUGAUCAGAACCACAGCUUUGAAACCACCUCCUCCCCAUAACCUCACCAUUUACUUUGGCUCUGCCUAUGUUGCUCUAUCAAGAGAGUUUACCGACUUUGUCCUCCGUGACCCGCGGGCGGUUGACUUGCUCCAGUGGUCCAAAGACACUUUCAGUCCUGAUGAACAUUUCUGGGUGACACUCAAUAGGAUCCCAGGUAUGUGUGAUUCCGUGUUUCAGGGGUCGGCAACGUGCUGUACUUGGAAAGGCUUUUCAAGAGCCUGCUCCCUUUCGGUAGACAUACAAGAUGGAAAGGAAAUCUACAGUUCUCUCGGAUCCUUUCUAGAUGCAGAAUCAGGUGAUACCAAGUGGUAUCUUUCAAUGGCAUAAGGCUUUACAACUGAUCACGUUCUUUUGUGUUCAUCUUGCUAAAUCGUUACCCCCAUGGGCAUUACUGCUGUCAGUCCACAGUGAUGUUCUUUCUUUCCUCCAAUUUGUCAGACCCUCUCUUACCCCAGGGCCUUUGUUUCAGGCCUUCUCUUUCCUCCCCUGUUCAUCAGCCAGGUGUCAGCAGCUCAGAGGAGCUGAGCUGACCACUCCUCCUAUUCUUCCUUCAAAGAGUUUACCACUAUUUGGAAUAAUCAU